GGUACGUGGGGCAGGUGCUUGCGGACGCUCGAGUGUACUCGACGUAUGCGAGCAAGCCUGCGGUGGAUCUUGCGGACGCGCGGCUUGCCAUUCAGUCGCGGGCCAAUGAGGCGUUCUCGCAGGUUCCUCCGCGCGACUUUCUCCUCUCACUGGCGGCCAAGAAGAACGCUGUCCCGUUGCCUGUUGUGCCGUCCGAGUAUGGUGUCCGUCUUCCGCCUGCGCGGAACACGCUCACUGCUGCCAACUACCAGGCACCCGGACGGGUUGUCGGCCGCAACGCCCGCGAUACGCUUGCCGCCACCGUCACCGCCGACGACGACGAGGAGGUCAAGUCCAAGUCGCGCAAGCGCAAGACCAUGGACGACGAUCCGUACCAGCCGCACGCUGGUGUGACCGAGGACGAUGAUGGUGGCGCCAAGGCCAUGGACAUGUAAAUCGUGCUGAAGAUGA